GUUCCUCCCACAGCUGCCACCUGACUUCACAGAAAUGAAAGUGUGAGAGAGCAGAGAGCCCCUGUUACAGUCUGAAACCACUUCGACCCCCAUUGAUCCAAACAGCAGUGAAUCCAGCUCCUCGUGCCUCCCUCCAGCAGACAUGACUGCAGCCAGCAGUUGCCAUUCUGAGGACCAGUUUCUGUGCUCCAUCUGUCUGGAUGUCUUCACGGAUCCUGUCAGCACCUCCUGUGGACACACCUUCUGUCAAAGCUGUAUCACUCUGCACUGGAACACCAGCAACGUCUUCUCUUGUCCCGUGUGCAAACAGGUCUUCAAAGAGAAGCCAGAGCUCCAUGUCAAUAGGUUCAUCAAGGAGAUAGUUUCUCAGUUCAGACGUGAAACUCAGCAGGAGUCCAGCGGCGGCAGCUCAGAGCAAAGAGCUGCAGGAGGAGGCGUCCUCUGUGACAUCUGCACCGGGACCAGAGUGAAGGCCCUCAAGUCCUGCCUGGUGUGUCUGACCUCCUACUGUGAGACUCACCUGGAGCCUCAUCGCAGCAGGUUGGCCUUGAGAAGGCAUCAGCUGAUCGAGCCUGUGGAGGACCUGGAAGGACGCAUGUGUCCGCAGCACGAUAAACCUCUGGAGCUGUUCUGUCAGAGCGACCAGACCUGUGUCUGCAUGCUCUGCUCUGUCUUAGAGCACAAGAACCACCAGUUUGUUCCUCUGAGAGAAGAGGCCGAUGCCAAGAAAGCCGAGCUGGGGAAGGUGGAGGCCGAGAUCAGGCAGAUCAUCCAAGAGAAACGUAAGAAGGUGAAGGAGAUCAGAGAGGCAGUGAGGGUCAAUAAAGAGUCUGCAGACGAGGAGAAAGCAGAAGGUGUGGAGGUGUUCAGAGCUCUGGUGCAGGCUGCGGAGGACGGCCUGAAGAAGCUCAUCAAGGACAUCGACGAGAAGCACAAAGCCAAGGAGACGCUGGCCAACAGUCUCCUGGGAGACCUGGACCAGGAGAUCUGUGAGCUGAUAAAGAAGAGCUCUGAGCUGGAGCAGCUGUCACGCUCUGAUGACCACCUCCACCUCCUCCAAAGCUUCCCAACACUGAAGGCUGCUGCCCUGAGCAUCCAGGACUCGGUGGAGGACAGUGUGAGUGUUCCGCUGUACAACGGGAUGGUGGUGAGAGCCGUGACUGAGCUGGAGAAGACCAUGAGGAUGAGGAGGAAGAAGCUGUCUGAGUCCGAGCUGAGGAUGGUCCAGAAGUAUGCAGUGGAGGUGACUCUGGAUCCUGAAACAGCAAACUACUGGCUCCACCUGUCAGACAACAAGAAACAGGUUCAUGAUGAGAGUGUAUGGAAAGAACUUCCUGAAAAUCCAAAGAGAUUCAAGUAUUCUCUCUAUGUUUUAGGGGAGCAGAGUUUCUCAUCAGGCAGAUUUUACUUUGAGGUUCAGGUGAGAAAAAAGACAGAGUGGGAUGUCGGAGUAGUCGUGGAGUCAAUUGACAGGGAGGAAACACAGAAACAAACACCUAAGAAUGGCUAUUUUGUUUUUUGUCUGCUAAACAAGAAUGAGUACCUGGUAUGUACCUCUCCUUCGCUCAGCCUCAAGCUUCAGUCUCAUCCUAGGAGAGUUGGGGUGUUUGUGGACUAUGACGAAGGUCUCGUCUCCUUUUAUGAUGCUGACACCGCAGCUCUGAUUUAUUCAUUCACUGGCUACUCCUUCACCGAGAAGCUCUUCCCAUUCUUUAGUCCUGGUUAUAAAGGAGGUUCUUCAAACUCUGCUCCUCUGGUCAUUAGCUCUCUCAAUGAAAUUGGUGAAAUUUCUGAGCUUUCUGAUUUGUUUGGUUAGUGGAGCAAAAACCACUGUCCUGCCCAAAGUCAGUCAACAAUUCAGAUUCAAACAUGUUAAUGUACCAGGAAUGAUCAAAAUGACAAUUUGGAAUAAAGAAGUUGACUCUCUAAAGUUUGUUUUUAUGUUUAAAUCAUUAUCAAAAGUGACUUAGAAUUCAGUGUCUGAUCCAAUCUAGUGUAAGUCAAUGACAUGCAGUGUUUAAAAUUUUAAUAUUUUGUUGUUGUUUUUGUUGUUGUCAUUCUUUUCAUAAUAAGAUGGUUUGUUAAAGAAUUUGUAAAAAUCUUCUCAUAAAAAUGUUCAAUGAACUGUUCAAAUGUCAUAAAAACGAAGACUGAUUACCAGUAAACUUCUAAAAUAAAAUGAUCCGGAUAUUUGAA